ACCCGGCCCGAGUGCGGGCGCUGGAAGGCGGAAGUGGAGCGGAGUUAGGCGCCGCUGGUGUGGCCGCGGCAGUUCCAUUGUGAUGACAUGGCAUCUGCCAGCUCCAGCCGGGCAGGAGUGGCCCUGCCUUUUGAGAAGUCCCAGCUUACCCUGAAAGUGGUGUCAGCAAAGCCCAAGGUGCACAACCGCCAGCCCAGAAUCAACUCCUACGUGGAGGUGGCAGUGGAUGGACUCCCCAGCGAGACCAAGAAGACGGGGAAGCGCAUCGGGAGCUCUGAACUGCUCUGGAAUGAAAUCAUCGUUCUGAAUGUCACAGCCCAGAGUCAUUUGGAUCUGAAGGUCUGGAGCUGUCAUACCUUGAGGAAUGAACUACUGGGCACUGCCUCUGUCAACCUCUCCAAUGUCCUGAAGAACAAUGGCGGCAAAAUGGAGAACACACAACUGACCCUGAACCUGCAGACAGAGAACAAAGGCAGUGUUGUCUCGGGAGGAGAGCUGACAAUUUUCCUGGAUGGGCCAACUGUUGAUCUGGGAAGUGUGCCUAAUGGCAGUGCAGUGACAGACGGAUCACAGCCACCUUCAAGAGAAUCCAGUGGGACUGCUAUAGCUCCAGAGACCCGGCACCAGCCCCCCAGUACAAACUGCUUUGGUGGCAGAUCCCGGACGCACAGACACUCAGGUGGCUCAGCCAGGACAGCCACAGCAGCCAGUGAACAAAGCCCUGGCGCUAGGAACCGCCACCGCCAGCCUGUGAAGAACUCUAGCAGCAGUGGCUUAGCCAAUGGCACAGUGAAUGAGGAACCUACUCCAGCCAGUGAACCUGAAGAAUCGUCGGUUGUUGGUGUAACAUCCCUGCCUGCAGCAGCCUUGAGUGUGUCCUCAAAUCCCAACACAACAUCUCUCCCUGCACAGUCCACACCAGCAGAGGGAGAGGAGGCCAGCACUUCCGGGACACAGCAGCUCCCUGCUGCCGCCCAGGCCCCUGAUGCUCUUCCUGCUGGAUGGGAACAGAGAGAGCUGCCCAAUGGGCGUGUCUAUUAUGUUGAUCACAACACCAAGACCACCACCUGGGAGCGGCCUCUUCCUCCAGGGUGGGAAAAGCGCACGGACCCCCGAGGGAGGUUUUACUACGUGGACCACAACACCCGGACAACCACCUGGCAGCGCCCAACUGCUGAGUACGUGCGCAACUAUGAGCAGUGGCAGUCCCAGCGGAACCAGCUGCAGGGGGCCAUGCAGCACUUCAGCCAAAGAUUCCUCUACCAGUCUUCGAGUGCUUCGACUGACCAUGAUCCCUUGGGCCCCCUCCCACCUGGCUGGGAGAAGAGGCAGGACAAUGGACGGGUGUAUUAUGUCAACCACAACACUCGCACUACCCAGUGGGAGGACCCUCGGACCCAGGGGAUGAUACAGGAGCCAGCCCUGCCCCCAGGGUGGGAGAUGAAAUACACCAGCGAGGGCGUGCGGUACUUUGUGGACCACAAUACCCGCACCACUACCUUUAAGGAUCCUCGCCCAGGGUUCGAGUCAGGGACAAAGCAAGGCUCACCUGGUGCCUAUGACCGAAGUUUUCGGUGGAAGUAUCACCAGUUCCGUUUCCUCUGCCACUCAAAUGCUCUACCCAGCCAUGUGAAGAUCAGCGUUUCCAGGCAGACACUCUUUGAGGAUUCUUUCCAACAGAUUAUGAACAUGAAACCUUACGACCUGCGCCGCCGGCUCUACAUCAUCAUGCGUGGUGAGGAGGGCCUGGACUACGGCGGCAUCGCCAGAGAGUGGUUUUUCCUCCUGUCCCAUGAGGUGCUCAACCCUAUGUACUGUUUGUUUGAAUAUGCUGGGAAGAACAAUUACUGCCUGCAGAUCAACCCGGCCUCUUCCAUCAACCCUGACCACCUCACCUACUUCCGCUUUAUCGGCAGAUUCAUCGCCAUGGCUCUGUACCAUGGGAAGUUCAUCGACACAGGCUUCACUCUCCCUUUCUACAAGCGGAUGCUCAACAAGAGACCGACUCUGAAGGACCUGGAGUCUAUUGACCCUGAGUUUUACAACUCCAUUGUCUGGAUCAAAGAGAACAACCUGGAAGAGUGUGGUCUGGAGCUGUUUUUCAUCCAGGACAUGGAGAUUCUGGGCAAGGUGACAACCCAUGAACUGAAGGAGGGCGGUGAGAACAUCCGAGUUACCGAGGAGAACAAGGAGGAGUAUAUCAUGCUGCUGACUGACUGGCGAUUCACCCGAGGCGUGGAAGAGCAGACCAAAGCUUUCCUGGAUGGCUUCAAUGAGGUUGCCCCUCUGGAGUGGUUGAGAUAUUUUGAUGAGAAAGAGCUGGAGCUCAUGCUCUGCGGCAUGCAGGAGAUAGACAUGAGCGACUGGCAGAAGAACGCCAUCUAUCGGCACUACACCAAGAGCAGCAAGCAGAUCCAGUGGUUCUGGCAGGUUGUCAAGGAGAUGGACAAUGAGAAGAGGAUCCGGCUACUGCAGUUUGUCACGGGAACCUGCCGUCUGCCUGUUGGGGGAUUUGCUGAGCUCAUCGGGAGCAAUGGCCCGCAGAAGUUCUGCAUCGACAGAGUUGGCAAGGAAACCUGGCUGCCCAGGAGCCAUACGUGCUUCAACCGUCUGGACCUGCCUCCCUAUAAGAGCUACGAGCAGCUGAAAGAGAAGCUGCUGUACGCCAUCGAGGAGACUGAGGGGUUCGGACAGGAGUAGCUGAGGCUGCUGUCUCACACCCUCUAGCACAUGUAGUCCUGAGUCCUUCCUGCCGGAGAUGCCACCGGUUGCACAGCCCUCAAGAGGCCCCUUUGGAUAGUGGCCCUGCACGAGACUGUGCCUUGAUCAUUUCGGUGACUGAAGAGUCUGACCCCAGAGGCCUUGGGGACCCUUUCUUCUCUCUGAUGAUGGCAGUCUGGAAUAAAGCACUGUCACCUUUGACUCUAUUACCUGUUGCAAAGCCAGAGGGCUGCCCUUCUCUGCAAAACUGCCCCUUCCACUAGGACUGAGUCUGGGUGUGUGUGAGAGUGUGAGGGAACAUGCCCUGCCUUAGAGGGCUGCCACUGAAGCUGGGCCUCAUAUGUUCCAUGAGGAGCUAGGCCUCGUGGAAUGGCUGGCUGACUAAACCCAGAAAGCCAAGGCUCUGCCAGUGGAAGAGACUUCACUUUUGUAGACCUUCCCUGAAGUCCAUGGAACAGACCUAAGGGAACAACUGAGCAUCAAAACCGGCUUUGCUUUACUUCCUGGCAGGCUGCAGCCAAGGGGACUGAGCAGCAGGCACCCAAUGCCACCAGCUCGUCUCUUCCUAGCAAGCAAAGGGUUAAAGAAGCCACCACCUGGGUGUCAGUGGGAAGGAGACAGCAGAGCUCAGGCUUUGCCCUUUGACAGAAACCUAAAGACACAUCCACAUCCAUGCAUAGGGCUGUUGCUUGUUGUGUUGUAGGCAUGCUCUUCUCACCUUCUGUCAAGGACCUGGUGCCCUGGGUGGUGGAGGGCUCAGCCCUCUUGAUUCAGUAGCUUCCCAAGCAGCUGCUCCUCUCAGGAGCCUGCUUAACACUUGCGCCAGCUCAGAGGCCUGCCUCUAUGGUCCAGUGCAUCCCCGCUGUGCUCAGAUGCUGACGAGACUCCUUUGCUAGACUCCCCUAGUUAGGGCCUCUGCAGCUUAUGGUGGCUUAAAAUGGAGAGAGCAUCUUGCCUGGCCGAGUGUUUGUGCUAUGUGAGCAUGAGGCUUUAUUUGACUGUGGAAGAAGACACUAAGAGCCAGCAGAAGGGCCUGAGCUGCCUCAUUAGCCUGGCUUCAUUUGGGGAGCUCCUGACAGUGUCCCGAGUAGGUGCCCAGCCCCUCUUGGGUACCAGAGUGGUUAUAGCGACACACUCCUCAUCCAGGCUUCCCAAGAUACACUAGCUCUGGGACACCCCAGGCAUGCUCUCAAACUAGUCAUGGGGCCUUCUGAGGACAGUUCCAUCCUACCUUUGUCCUUCCCUGGUACAGCCUGUGACCCUGGCACACUGCACAUGCUGAUCUGAGUGGCUCUGCUCACUGUCGCACACCCCUUCCUCUCCCAUGCAGUCACCUCAGGACUCCCGACAUACAUCACAAAGGCUGCUUCAUGGCUGGGUGUGGGACCAGAUGCCAGCAAGGAUGGAAGCAUCAGGCUCACAGGUGUGUGUGUGUGUGUGCACGCGUUCGCACAUGCGUGAGUGUGUAGCAGAAGUGUGUACAGAGAGGCCCGUGCUAGCUAGCACCAAGUUGGUUGACAGAUUGUUUUGUGAUGCUUGCCCUGCCUCGGUAUUGCCAGUUUCUUGUGCAAUAAAGAAUCAGCAGCCAUGGGUGGUGUCAGUGUAGCUGUUUAUACACAUUCUGUUGCAGGAAGAGUCUUCCAUUCCCACAGGUCCUCUAGAAUCUCCAGACCAAGAGAAUCUCCACAACAAUAGUGCUCCAGCCUUGCUGCCUUUGCGAGUUUGAGUACCAGUAACCAAGGUAGCCUGACUUCUGGAAUAGAUGGUAGUCCUUCUAGCUGAGGCGAGUGACCUCUGGUCACGGUGUCAUACUCUCUCUACACCGGUUGUGCAUUUUGGAACAGGAGAGCUGAGAUUUGGGUAGGGCUGCCAUCCAUUCAGGAAAUGGCUCAGGUUGCAUGAGCCCAUGACAAGGGGUUCCCUGAUGCUGAAUUCAGGGUCAUACCUUUCUUACCACUCAAUUGUUUUGACUGGUGAGGCUUCAAAGAUGGAGCUGGGUAUGGUAACACAUGCUUACAAUCCUAGCAUUUAGAAAGCUGAGGUGGUUUUCUUUUAAACUAAUUCAGUAAGUAAAUUAUCUUUGUGUGGCAGCCAUGUUUAAUCCACAGUUCAAGUAUGUUAGUUUGAAAAGGGCACUUUGAAGCUAUUCCCAUGAAUCAGUGGCAGUAGGAAAAGUUCUCUUUUUUUGUGUGUCUCAUUUCAGUUUUUAGUUUAAAAUUAUUAUUGUCCUUUUUUUGUUUAUCUUGAAGCUUAAUAAAAUGGCACAUAAUUAGGACAUUUUAA